AUAAUGGGCAUGCCCAAAUCAAUCACCUUCUUCAGAUACUCUCAUGUAUCAUGCAAUGGAUUGAACCUCCAGAAGUGGUUAUAAAAGAAAUAAGGUUGGGUCGAAGUGAAAGUGAAUUUAUUGAUGGUUGCCAUGCAUUGCUGUCAAUUGCCACUCUGACUACUCCUUUGCUCUUUAACAACCUUUUGCUAUCUCUGAGACCUUUUGGAACCAUUCACUUUUUAUCUAUCUUGACAAGUGAUGUUGUAAAAACGGAUUUAGUUAAUCACGAUGAAGAGGAAACAUGGACGGCAGAAGCUCUGGAUAUUCUACUGGAGACAUGGAAUGUUAUUUUUGGGACAUCAGAUGGAGAUAAGAAUUCAAUUUCAGCAGAAGGACGAGCUGUAUCUGCCAAACUAUUCAACAAUAUUGUGGAGUCUUAUCUGGAAGCUGCUGCUGCAACCGCCUAUGAUGAGGAUGACAAUGCUGAGCACUUCGUUGCAUCUGUCUCAAAAAGAGAUGAAAGGUUGGAGUCAUAUGCUGUUAUUGCUCGAGCUGCUGCUGAGAUUACUAUUCCUUUUCUGAUAAAUGUGUUUUCUCAACGCGUUUCUCAUCUUAAUCAGAUAAUUGGGAAAAGUGAUCCUACUCGCAUUUUAGAAGAGCUUUACUGGAUCUUAUUGAUGAUUGGCCAUGUUCUAAUGGAUGCCGGGGAGGGCGAGACAGCACUUAUUCCGGAAACAUUAAAAGCUGGAUUUCCAAAUUUCCUGGAAGAAGCACAGCAUCCUGUGGUUGUACUCUCCUGGUCAAUAAUAGAUUUUUCAAGGCGGAGUUUAGAUCCAGAGACGAGAGCAGCAUAUUUUAGUCCUCGCCUUAUGGAGGCUGUAGUAUGGUUUCUUGCUCGAUGGGUUGAUACGUAUUUGAUGCCAGUUGAUGGCACCAAAGUUCAUAUUUCGUCAGCAUCUGAUAGUUUAAAGCAUGGACCUCUGUCUUCUAAAAGGAUUCUACUUAAUUUUGCUGGUGAACACAAACAAGGAGAAAUGGUGCUUGACAUCAUUGCUCGCAUUUGUAUAAAUGCUUUAACUUCAUACCCCGGGGAGAAAGAGCUGCAGGCGCUUACAUGCCAAAAGCUUCUUGUAGCACUUGUUCGUCGAAGGAAUGUCUGCAGUCGACUUUUAUCCAUGGAUUCAUGGCUUGAUCUUGCACGAGCAUUUUCAAAUGAAAGAAGUUUGUUCUCCUUAAAUCCCCGUCUGCAACGUUCUCUAGCCGAAAACCUUGUUUGUGCAGCUUCCAGCCUCAAAGAUGCAGAGGCCUCCAAUCAGUAUGUGAGGGAUCUCAUUGGACCAAUGACUUCAUACCUUGCAGAAAUGUCUGCUAGGAAUGAUCUCAAGGAUAUUGCCCAAUUGCCAGACGCGAUGUAUACGGUGAAUUGUUUGUUGGAAAGGUUGAUAGGUGUGGCUAGAGCAACUCAACCCCGCACUCAAAAGGCUUUGUUUGAUGUGUGUGUUGCUGUAAUGAACCCUCUAAUUACUCUUUUGGAAGCUUACAAAAAUCAGCCGUCAGUUGUGUACCUGAUAAUAAAGUUCUCGGUUGACUUUGUUGAUGGACAAAUUGCAUUCCUUAAUGCUAAAGAUACCUCUGUUUUAGUUAGCUUCUGCCUGCAGCUGCUUCAAGCUUACUCAUCCCAAAAUAUUGGGAAACUAUCAUUGUCUCAUUCAUCCACCCUAUUGGGUGGGGCUCAAGUUGAGGAUUAUAAGGAUUUGCUUGCUUUGCUUCAGCUCCUCACGAAUCUGUGUUCCAAAGAUUUGAUUGACUUUUCUCCGGAUGAAACAGGUAGCCCAGAUAUUGCUGAGGUCGUCUUUGUUGGUCUGCACAUCGUCAGCCCUUUAAUUUCAUUUGAUCUUCUAAAAUUUCCCAAGCUCAGCAGUUGUUAUUUUCGGCUUAUAUCGCAUAUGCUGGAAGUGUACCCUGAGAAGGUUGUUUUGUUGACAAAGGAGGCUUUCGCUCAAGUAAUUGCAUCACUUGACUUUGGUAUUCAACACCAGGACCUUGAUGCAGUUGAUAUGUGCUUGAGAGCAAUCAACGCCCUUGCAUCCUUUUUAUACCGAGACAAAACUGUUGGCAGGGAAGGAUUAGUUGCACGUACAGUUGAUUCAAAGGGUUCAAAUGGGGAGCUACAAGAGAAUAUAUCAAGUCAUUUUCUUCGAUUAUUGCUGCAAUUAGUUUUGUUUGAAGACUUCAGAGUGGAUCUUACUGGUUCAGCAGCUGAUGCACUUCUUCCACUAAUCCUAUGUGAGCAAGAUUUAUAUCAGAGGCUAGUACAGGAGUUCAUCGACAAACAGCCAAUCGAUUCUCUCAGAACAAGAUUGGCCAAAUCAUUUCAUUCUCUUACAAGUUCAAACAACCUUUCAUCUUCCCUUGACAGACCCAACCGGCACCGCUUUCGAAAGAACUUCCAUGAAUUCUUAACCGAGAUCUCAGGCUUGAGGAUCAAGUGAAUUUUUUGUUUGGGAAUGGAAGAAUCCAAUCAAUUCUCCUCUGCUGGCCAUUCUUCGCUGUUUUACCGGCGGAGCGGAGAUGAUUUCAAUGUUCUAUUCAAACCCAGGCGCCCAAUGUUUUGCAUAGCACGCAUUCAUAACCUUGUAAAGUACUCUGUAUGAUCUCAUUGCCCUGUUCAAGAGUUUCAAUAGUUGCUGUGCUUUGUUUUUGAAGGAUUGGGUUCUAAUGUAAAUUUCUUAUUAUAAGAUCUUGUUUUUGAACUGCAAGUAUUGAGUUGAACAUUGAAAUUAUGAUCUUUGUAGGCCUUUAUCAA